AUGAGUGAAAUCAAUCAAACUCACAGGCAACUUGGCAAGAACGGUCCCACCCUACCUGCUUUGGGAUACGGGGCGAUGACGAUUGAAGGGGGGUAUGGAGGUAGUGGGACGGAAGAGGAAGCGUUUGAGAUCCUCAGAGUAGCUGCCGACGAGUGCAGGCUGAUAGAUACCUCGAACAUCUAUGGAUUACCACAGGGACGUAACGAAGAACUGAUCGGCAAACUGCUCAAGGACCCACAAUUCCGUGCCAAAGUGUUCAUCUGCACAAAGUUUGGCAUCAAUCUUGAGCCUAAGGAAGGCGCACUAUCUAUGACUGCCAAAGGCUCACCACAAUAUGUUCGUGAAUGUUGUGAAGCGUCGCUCAAGCGCCUGCAAGUUGACUACAUUGACCUGUACUAUCAACAUCGUGUACGUCAUAUGUCGGCUUUACCUUCAACCAACGCUCUGCAGGUGGAUCGUUCCAUCCCAAUCGAAGAAACCUGGGGCGAGCUCAAGAAGCUAAAGGAAGAAGGCAAGGUCAAAUAUCUCGGAAUCUCAGAAGCUACUGUAGAAGAGAUCCGGCGUGCUCAUGCCGUCACACCGAUAAACGCUUUGCAAAUUGAGUUUUCUCCGUUCACGCCCGACAUCCGUAACAAUGGUAUUCUCGACACCUGCCGUGAACUCGGCAUCGCCAUAGUUGCUUAUAGCCCUCUGGGACGAGGGAUGGUUACUGGUCAAUACACCUCGCCAGAUCAAUUUGAACCCAACGACUAUCGCCGUUAUUUCCCUCGCUUCCAAGGCGAAGCGUUCAAGGAGAACAUGAAGCUUGUGGAAGCGAUAAAAGUUAUCGCAAGCAAGAAAGGGGUUACACCGAGCCAGUUGACUCUUGCCUGGGUCCUCGCGCAAGGGGAUGACUUUUUCGCAAUUCCUGGCACAAAGAGCCUUUCCAGACUCAAGGAUAAUAUUUCUGCUACCUCCAUUCGGCUUUCGGAUGAGGAGAAACAAGAGAUUGAUAAUGUCAUCGAACGCAUCACAGUCCUGGGCGCAAGGUAUAGCGGGAGUGGUAAUGAUCUCUCCGGAUUUUGA